GAACUUUCAGCAGUCUGGAAGCGGGGCAGCGGUGAGGGAGAUCUAGGAGCUAACAGCUAACAGCUAACAGCUAGGAGCUAUAAGCUGACACCGAGACGCUGAAACGUGACGUUAUUGCACUUUGCUAGUUUUAACAUGCAAUUAAAAUACUCAUUUCUUUUAUUUUGCGCUGGAAAAUAAAAGGAAACAGUUUUGUUUUCUUUCUUCUUUUCUAAUUCAGUGAAUAACGUUGAAUAAAGUUUCCGGAGAAAGAUAUUUUCGCUUUAUAUAUAUUUUUAUCGUUUUAUUAUUUCUUGCGGGUUUUUGUCCGUACGGUGUUCGGACAUUUCUACAAAAUCAUGACGAAAAAAAAAUCGACUUUUGGAUUCUAACUUCAACAAAACUCUCCUAAAGCUAGCCACACCGUUUCGUUUCCACGGUAACGGAGCGCGCGCCGGGCGGAUGUGUGCGCGCAGCCAUUUUGCUCACAGGUGCAGCUGUUAAAAAACAAACAAACAAACAAACAACAACAAAACUAAAAAGCUCGUGUGCGGAUUUUGAAUGCCUUUGCGGGGAGUUUGCUGGUGGCUGUGCUGCACGCGAGGCUUCCGUUUGUUGGGGCGCGAGCAUGGAGGCAGAGAAGAGGAAGAGGAGGAAGAGGAGGAGGAAGAGUCCUUCGAGUUGCGCAACAAGGAGGAGCGCACGCGCAGCGCGCCGGGCCAACUGGAAGUGACUCUCUCUCAGCCGCCUCGAUCAGCCAAUGGCACGCCCAGUCAUGCUUAUUUUCAGUCUUUUGCCAGACUUGUAAACCAAAGUGUGUGUGUUGGGGUAGAUUUUAGCAGCCCCAUGCUCCUGUCAGGUGUAUCGGAGGAUAAACUGAUAAACGAGGGGAAAGUGAAGAUGGAGGAAGACCUGGAGGUCCUGGUUAAGGGCUGGCUUCUGCGCGAGGUGCAGGCCGGUUGGAUCCGAUACAGGAGGUUCUGGUUCACACUGACCCCAGACUCUCUGGAGUGUUACAGUGGCCCUGAAAAGGACGCUCGCACCGUGGGCAUGCUCGUCCUUACCUCGCUCUGCUCCGUCCUCUGGCCAGACAAACACACUUACAAACAGACAGGUUACUGGAGCUUGACUGUGUUUGGGCGGAAACACUGCUACAAGCUCUUCACCAAACACUUUAACGAGGCGGUGCACUGGGCGUGUGCAGUACAGAAGGUCAUCGAUAGCAAAGCGCCAGUGGAGACGCCAACGCAGCUCCUCAUCCGUGACAUAGAGGAGAACAAGUUUAACCCUGAAGUGGUAGAACACAUCUAUCAACACAACCCCAUCUUGAUGUACACACAGAGUCCUCUCUAUGCUCCUCUUCUGCCUUUUCCCUAUGGCAGCCUGGACCACUUGCAUCUAUGUGAUAAAGGCUACGUGUCUGUGCGAGAGGAAGCCGUCAGACUCUUUAACUGCGUGCAGCAGCUGGAGUCGGAGCGAGAGCCCAUCCCUCUGAUCCAGGGCAUCUUGCAAACCUGCCUCGACCUCCGACCCCUGAGGGACGAACUCUACUGCCAGCUCAUCAAACAGACCAGCAUCACGCACACCCGUUCACACACGGACCCGCAGACGCAGAGCGGUGCCCGGCUGCACUACUGGCAGCUGCUGACCUGCGCCAGCUGCACCUUCCUGCCCGGCAGCCCCGUGCUCCGAUAUCUGCGCUUCCACCUCAAGAGGGUGCAGAGUGUGUGUGUGGACUCCGAGGUGGAGAGCUACGCCUCGUUCAUCGCCCAGGCUGUGGAGAAAACACGAUGCCGUGAGUGUGUGCCGUCCUGGGAGGAGAUCCAGGGCCUGAUGUCCAGACAGGAGAUGGUGUGUACCGUCCACUACCCAGGACCAGGCUGCUGCAGGAUCCCCAUCAGCUCACACACUACUGCUAAUGAAGUGGUGAGGAAGGUGGCAGAGCGUCUCGGCCUGCAGCACAGCCGCAACACCUUCGCUCUCUAUGAACAGAAAGACUCGUGGGAGCGGGCGAUCGGGGGCAGCACCAUCAUCGCUGAUGUCAUCACCAGGUUUGAAAAUCUGUCAGUGAAGGAAUCAGACACGGAGUGUCACUGGAGGCUAUGCUUCAAACUCUACUGCCUUCUGGACACUGACAGCAUCAGUACAGACAGCAUCGAGUAUCUGUUCCUCUACGAGCAGUGCCAUGAGAUGGUGGUACGAGGUCAACUCCCCGUGUGUGAGGAGGACCUGCUGUCUCUGGCUGCUCUCAGGCUGCAGGCUCUGCUCGGUGAUUACGGGUCGUUGGCUCCGUAUCCGGCGCUCGAGCAGCUGUACCCCGUGCGGGCGUUAGGGAACCGGGCGUCACUGCCUCCUGCCGAGGCUCCCGGGUGUCCUCCGUUUCCCGCCGGACUCCUAGGAGCGCUGUGGGGUCAGAAGAGGCGUGACGGUCAGGAGCAGAGACAGCGCGCCAGGUUGAGAGACGAGGCCACCGUUCUGUCGACCAGCAUCAUGGAGCGGUGGAAGUCUCUGUCUGGGUACAGCCGCACAGACAGCAUGGCCGCUUACCUCACCAUCGCACGCCAGUGGCCAGGAUUCGGGUGUACGCUCUACGAAGUGGACUUCUACAUGAGUUCGAGCGGGAGUUUCUCACAGCGUCUGUUGUUGGGCGUAGCCGCAUCCUGUGUGUCUCUGUACCGACCGGGUGAGGCCGAGGCCCUCGAGUCACUCCCCAUCACACAGAUCUGCUCGUACGGCAUCUCCGACAGCAACACCUUCACCAUCACUGCCACCGACCGACACCUGCUGUUUCACACCUCCGAGCUGACUGAGAUCAUGCAGCUGAUGAAUGCCUACUUCAGUGCCACCCGACGCCAGCUGGCCAAGGACGACUGCAUCACCAUGGAAACUGGCUCCAAGCUCCGCCCCUCCCUGCUGGAACUUCCCUCUCACCCAGUUUGAAGAGACACGCAGCCGACUCUAAUGUGGCCCCCACCCGAUCGCUCCGCCCACCCUGUCCAAGAAACGGACACUUGAUCCGUCCUGAGACGAGAGAGAGAGAGAGAGAGAGAGUAGGACGGGAUGGACGACUGCCAAAGAUCCCAGAAUUCUGCACACGCUCCUGGCUUGGCUGCCUUUCGGACAUUUUACGGACGUUUCCUAACGACAAAGAACUUAAUGCUCCCUACUUCGUACUCCUCACAAACUCCAGAGCACGUUACGGGAUUUACAGACACUCGCCCCAGUGCAUUAUGGGAUUUCAAAACUGCACUUCAGACUCGUACAACAACGAGUGCACUAUAUAUGUGGCUAAGUUGCGAUUUGUGACACGCAGCUAGUGUAUGUGUGGGUCUACGUUUAAACCAAAGCAUCUCUUUUUGUUCAGUUUCUUUUUUUUUUUUUUUUUCUCUCCUCCCAAAAAAACCAUCUAUGCUAAACACAGACAGAGAGUUUUGGACCUGGGAAGCGUGACUUCUGGAGCUCUGUCUUCAAGAAACGCAGAAAUGUCUCACACAGCAUUUGUUUGCUGUCUGACGUUCGUUCAAAACCAACACACACACACACACACACACACAAAAACAACCCAGGCCUCAUUACACGAGUCAAAUGAAGGCUGAUUUCAGGCAUAUGUAGGAUUCCUGUAGGAGUAACAGCUCACGCCAUGCAGCACAUAACCGUACCUAAAUAAUCGUAGCAUCCGCUGAGUUUAUCAUCGUCAUUUUGCUUUUUUAUAAUAUGUAUAAAUGUUGUCUUUUUUUUUUAAUUUAUGGACUUCUAUCUGUACGUUUUUUUUAUCACUUGUUUUUUUUCUAUCUCCUUAAGAAGAAGUGUAUAAGUAAGUGUAUUUUAUUCCUUAAUUAAUCACACAGGGCCUGGGAAGAAUCCGUCCUGACGUAUAUACAUCUCGUAUAUCUCUGUAAAAACCCGUAUCCACACGGCUACCCAAAAAACAAACAAACAAACAAACAAAUAAAUAAGAAAGCAACACGAAACCAGAUCGCAAAAGAAAACGCCUCCAUCAGCAUUUAUUUUCACACGGACCAAAUGUCCUGGGGGGGGGGGGGGGUCCUCGUCCGUCCACUCGUCCGUUCAGCUGUGCCUCAGAGAGACUUGCCACUUGUGCCUGUAACAGAAAAAGAGAAAAAAAAAGCCUAAAAGUCUGAAUCCAUUCACAAGAACUACUUUUUUUUUCAGACCGAACGAUCAGGAUCACGUCGAGUACCAUCAGAACCACCCGGUGCCAUAAGUGUUCAUAACAUUCACCAAAAACAAACCCUAACAAAACAAAUCUAGAGUGUUACAAUUAAUACCAAAGUACACUUUGAUAUCGUCGGUCAUUUCUUGUGUAUAAUAAGUGGCACUUAGUAUAAUUACACACAAUUAUCACCGUGAUUUAGAAAUCCUACACAAUCCUUGUUUAACAGACAGAUUUAAAACAGUUGUUGUUGUCAGGUUUUUGAUUGUUUUUUAUAUAUAUAUAUAUAUUACAUGUAAGAAACGUCGUUUCCCUUCCCAUUACGCCACACACCCAAAUCCAGCAGCGUCGCCGCCCUCCACGCGUCACUCGAGUAGCUGCAGGCAGCUCCGCCCACCGUCUUAAUGCUUCACGUCGCGUAUGCUAACACAGAGCGUGUUGAGUCAGGAUGCUGCACGGUACUGCGCCGUGUUGCGCGUCUGUAGCCAGUUGCACUAUUGUCUGUACAGCUAACGUGAAUGUGCAAUAAUAAAGAAUGAUGGUAGAUAAUGUAUGUGAUUAAAUAAUAAAGGAAGCACCGUUGGACCAUCA